AUGAAGUCAGAGGGAGGAAGAGUCAGAAGGAGGAGGAGCCAGAAGGAGGAGGAGUCAGAAGGAGGAGGAGCCAGAAGGAGGAGGAGUCAGAAGGAAGAGGAGUCAGAAGGAGGAGGAGUCAGAAGGAGGAGGAGCCAGAGGGAGGAGGAGUCAGAAGGAGGAGGAGCCAGAAUGAGGAGGAGCCAGGAGGAGGAGGAGUCAGAGGGAGGAGGAGUCAGAAGGAGGAGGAGUCAGAGGGAGGAGGAGUCAGAAGGAGGAGGAGCCAGAGGGCGGAGGAGUCAGAGGGAGGAGUCAGAAGGAGGAGGAGCCAGAAUGAGGAGGAGCCAGGAGGAGUCAGAGGGAGGAGGAGUCAGAGGGAAGAGGAGUCAUAGGGAGGAGGAGUCAGAGGGAGGAGGAGUCAGAAGGAGGAGGAGUCAGAGGGAGGAGUCAGAAGGAGGAGGAGCCAGAGGGAGGAGGAGUCAUAUGGAGGAGGAGUCAGAGGGAGGAGGAGUCAGAAGGAGGAGGAGUCAGAGGGAGGAGGAGCCAGAAGGAGGAGGAGCCAGAGGGAGGAGGAAUAAGCUCUGGCCCCUGGCCCCACUCGGUGCAGGAGGAAAGCCCCGUCAUUUGUCCGGGCCCCUGUCGUCGUAUGUUCAAGCUCAAGUGGCCCCUGUGCCGCAGGUUCACAGGGAGGUGAGCCAUGCCCCCCCUCCUCCUCCCCCGCCUCACCCCUACUCUGCUGGACCCCCCAGGGACAGAGUGUGA